AUGUCAAUGAAAAAGUAAUUCACAGGUGGUAAAACAUCGAGAUCGAAUAGCAAACAAUCUACUAGCAAUCCAAUGUCAGUAAGAAAACGAUUUUCGUCUUUAUGUUCACCGUCCAACAACUAGAACUAAACUCCUUGCGUCUUUUGUCAAAAGUUCAAAAAUUGCAAAGAAGAAUCCUAUGCUCCACUUUUAAACAAAGCAUUAUUUGCUAAAUAUUCGUCAUCCUAAAACUAUUAUUAUUCAAAGGACAUCAACGACAUCAUAGAAGAGGAGUCAACUCCCGCAGUUGUAUUUUAUAGGGAUUUAGAAAGUAUGAUCGAAGAGGAGGAAUAUUUGAAAAGAUCCUAUGUUAAAAAAGAGGCAUAAUAAAAAGUCAAGGCAUUGCAGGAAUAUUACAAAUAUCACAAAGACAUCCCUCGUUUGUUUAUGCAAAAUGUGUAUCUGACCAUAAAUAAGUUCCAUGAAAAGAAGAGGAGAUUGGAAUAUGCAAAUAUUAAGAGAAAAUUGAACAUUCCAGAUGAGGACUAACCAUUGAAAAAGAAAGAGAAGAAGAAAUAGAAGCAUAGUGAUGAAGAUCUAACCAUAGGAUAGUUGAAAUAUCUAUUGAAAGACUUAAAAUUGGACACUAACUCUUAUCUCCAAAAAAAAGUAGACAUCUCUAGUAGUGUCUAAUUGAGAGAGUUCAUUUAGUAAGUCGGAUAAAAGUAUGAUUGUCUUGGAUAAAUAUCAGGAUUAUUGUCUAUUGAUUAAAGCAAUAGUUUUCUCUUAAGAUCACAGGAUCUCUCGACAAUCACUAAGAAUCUAAAAUCUACUUACAUGACUAAUCUUAAACCAAAGGUUAACAAAAGUUCUCUAUUACAGAAUCUUGAUUCAAAAACUACCCAUCAAGUCAGCUGUUAAGGGAGUUACGAUAAAAUCAAUAUGAAUCGAUUACAGUUCAAUUCAGGGGAGGUCUCUUCCUUAAAAGCUGAGAAUUCCAUUAAGGCUGGGGAAUAGACCAAAAGAUCCAAUUAAGAAUAAUCCCCAUUAAGAAGUUCAUAAUAAUCGUAAUUAAUGCAAAAAGUGUACUCACAAAUUGAAGGUUUUGCCAACUUUGUUCAAUAAUAGUAAACUAUGUAGAAACAAUAAAAAGCUAAUAACUGUUAGAAAUCGAAUUCUCAAAGAAAAGUGAGUGGCAAUUUUAAUGCAACAGAAUGUUAAUUCAGAUUACCAAGUAGAUAAAAUUCAACAUUAAAGUAGUCAGCUGAUUUGUUAUCUUAUUAAGUGAAUUUCUUAAGAACCAGAGUUGCCUCAUAACUUUAAAAAUAAGAAGAUGAUAAUAAAAGUAAACAACCUUUGGCCACUGAUAGAGUCUAGAGAUAGAGUGUCUAUAACACUGGAGAAUAGACUUUACAGAAAACAGCAUCCAAAAACAUAUAAAAAUUACCACAAAAGUUCACUUAGUAUGCCCUAUCUACUUUAAGAGGACUGUAAGUCAAGAAUUCUGAUUAAAAAAAGAAAUCUACUUUAAUUUCAAAUAAUAAUCUGUAGGCUCCCAUUCUUAAUGCCUAAUUGAUGCACUACAGGACAAAAUCUUAAGAUGCUAUAGGAAAUUACAAGGGGUCACCUCCAAAAUAGACUUAAAAACAUGAAAACUCUAAGGAUCCUUUAAGGAUUACAAAUAAUAUUUGUGUGCAAGGUUCAACCAAAAAGGGAGGUGGGGUGUACAAUAUCAACCAGAAUAAUAUAGUUAAUAUUUAUAUUGAAGAUCUGAAAUCAUCAACCAAAUUAAAAUAAGGAGGAGGUUCAUAAACUGCUCGAAUCAACAGUCCCUUAAAAAGUAAUCCUAAAUUCGAAGUCUAUCAUACACAAAGAUCCAAUUUGAGUCCUGUAAGUAAAAAAAUGGCUUGA